AUGAGUGUGGCCUACCAAAAGGGCGGCUCGGGGGCGAGGCAGGCCGGCGGGAUGGCGACGCAGCACUCGCUUAGUGCUGCAAUGACCAAGCGCCAGCACGCGCUUGUGAUCCUGGCUCUAGGGCUGGGCACAUUGAUGGAGUGGUACGACUUUCAGGUGGGGGCCAGCUCGACCCUGCAAGCCCUGCACCUGUGGAAGCGCGUGCCCAAAAAGCCCGCCCACUGCCGCCUGGAGCGCCCCCUGGCCGGUCACGUGGGCGAUCUCAUCGGCCGCCGCGUCAGCCUGCUCGUGUCGAUCCUCUGCAUGGCCGUCCCCACCGUGCUCAUCGGCUGCAUUCCGAGUUACGAGACCAUCGGUGUGGCGGCACCGGUCCUGCUGGGCGUCCUGCGCGUGAUCCAAGGCCUCGCCAUUGGCGGAGAAUACGGCACUGCCGUGGUGUACGCUGCGGAGCUCGCGCCUCCCGGCUGGGAGGGCCGCCACAGCACCUUCAUUGUGGCCUUCUGUCAGGCCGGACUGCUGGCCGGAGAGCUGGCUGUCCUUCUGGUUGUCGCCGCAUGCACCCCGGCUCAGCUGGCCGUGUGGGGCUGGCGGAUCCCCUUCCUCAUCGUCAUUUUCAGCGGUUCGCUGGCCCUGAUCCUUCGCCUGAACAUGCCAGAGCCCCUGCUGCUGAUCGCCAAGGCCCGGCUGGAGGCCGAGGCGGCCGCCGCCCCCGGCGGCGCCGCCGAGGCCGGCUGGAAGGCCCUGAACGACGAAGAGAAGGCGGCCGCCGCCCAGGCUGAGCUGGACAAGAUGCGCCACCGUGUGCCGCUGCUGGCGCUGAUCAAGCACCACGCCCUGGCGCUGGCGCUGUUCGUGCUCGUGGCCUGCUACGCCCAGGCGUCAGUCUACACCAUCACCACCUGGCUGGCCAAGCACCUGCGCGACGAGGGCGUCCCAAACCUCACCACGCAGGUCAUGUCCAUCACCGCGCUCACGGCCAAGCUUGGCGGCGUCCUCCUCUGCGGCUGGCUGGCCGACAAGGGGAUGGGCGUCUGCAUCGCCGGCGCCGCCAACGCCCUGAUCGGCGUCGGCCUCAACUUCGGGCUGGGCAAGGUGGUGGCUGAUUACGUGAAGGGCUCGGGCGCGCUCGUCGGCGCCUGGCUGAUGCAGGUGCUGCUGCUGGGCUGGACGGGCUUCGCGCUGGCGCUGCUGCCCACCGUUGGUGUGAACAUCUUCAGCCCGGACGUGCGCGCCAGCGGUUACAACAUCGGCUACAGCAUCACCAGUGGGAUUGUCGGCGGCCUCUCCCCCUUGGCGGUGACCUCCAUCAUGGCCAACCACGGCGCCGGCAUAUACGGCGCCGCCUUCUGGACGCUGGCCGCCGGCUGCGUCAGCGCCUUUGCAUACUUGGUCACCCUCUGGCGCUUCCCUGCGUGCAGCCACCCCCACCUGCGGCCGCUGUGCCAGACGGAGCUUUGCGUGGUGUCAGUCUCCAAGCGCGGGGCGGUCGACGGCCCAGCGACACUGGCAUUGACUGCGGGUGAUGGCAAGCAAGGGCAAUUGAAGGCCGUGAGGGAGGCAAGCAGGGACGACUGA